CUGCUGCAUUGUUGCAUUUUCCCUGUUGCCAAAUACCUCAGGGUUGUGAUUACUUUCUUCUCCGGUGUAAUAGCGUUGUGGCGUCGAGUUGGUGAAGUAAUUGCAUCUCUAAGGAGAUCCACCACAAACAUGAUUCCUGCACGAUCCAAUCUGUAGCGUCUCAAUAAUUCCCUGUCAUCCAGUGUUUGCAGGACAUCUCUCCUGCCUCCUCUGUUGGCCAUUUUGUGCAGCUGCUUAGGGUAACUCCUAAGCCACUAAAAGUCCUCUUCCCUGCUCUUAGCAGAUCUCGCCUUAGGAGCCCUUUUAAGCGCUAGGACUCUUGAGGAAUAGCUUUUAUAUUAACUGGGAUUUUCGUGUCACUUUUAGGGGAAAUUCUAAGAAAACGUCAUGCCUCUGAGAAUUUUCUUAGAAUUUGGCCGCUAGGAGCCACUUUUUGCACAAAAAUUCUUUAGAGAUACGGGCCCUGGUCUGUUGGUCUGCUUCGUAAGCGUUCCCGGAAGUCUGGCAAUGUUGCGCCUCUGGGUUUAGAAACUCUUAUUAUACCUCACUGUCAGUGGUCUUCAGCCAGCGGCGCUAUCAGAUGUUGCUACCUCUACAUUUGAUACUGUUAUUGUCAUCAUCGUUUAUAACGUUACUGUUGUAUUUAAAUGUAUGAUUUUGUGAUGCAUAUAUAGAAUGCCCAACGCCAGCACCAGGCCUAAGCGGGGCAGACGGAACCGUCGGGCGCCCAGGGAGGACCCUGCCAGGAAUGAGCUGGUGUCUAGGUCACUGGAGAGUGCCCAGCAGUGUCUAUUCAACCAAGACUAUGGGACUGCCUUCGUCCACUACCUUCUCGUCCUCAACCUGGCUCCUGUGCUGAAGGACUUUGCCAGUGUGGGUAGCAAAGGAAAGCCUGUAGGCCAGGGCUCUCCGACCCGGUUCCUGGAGUGCUACCCUCCUGAGUCAUUUAGGUUCACUCUGUUCAAAUGGGCAGAUGAGCUCGACUCUCUGGGGCGCAUCCAGGACCUGUUUGACUGCUAUGAACAGGCUCUGGAGCUCUUCCCUACUGAUGAGGUCAUCAUCAACAGCAUGGGUGAACACCUGUUCAGAAUGGGAUUCCGUGACGAGGCCGCUGGUCAUUUCCACAAGGCCCUGAAGCUAAAGCCGGACUACCCUGAGGCCAAGGAGAACUUCUACCGCGUCGCCAACUGGCUGGUGGAGCGCUGGCACUUCCUGAUGCUCAACGACCGCAAGAGGAACCACAAGUACCAGCAGGCCAUCCAGAAGGCUGUGGAGGGAGGCUGCAACACUGUGUUAGAUAUAGGCACAGGGACCGGUAUCCUCGGAAUGUGUGCUAAGAAGACCGGGGCGGCUGAGGUGUACGCCUGUGAGCUGUCCAAGACCAUGUACGAGCUGGCCUGCGAGGUGGUCACCGCUAACGGAAUGAACGGACGCAUCAAGAUCCUCCAUAUGAAGUCGCUGGAGAUGGAAGUGCCUAAAGACAUCCCUAAGAGGGUAUCGCUGGUUGUCACGGAGACUGUGGAUGCUGGCCUAUUUGGUGAGGGCAUUAUAGAGAGCCUUAUACACGCCUGGAAUCAUCUGCUUUUGCCUCCACAGAGUACCCAGGACCCAUCCACGCCUCCAUCCCAAACAGGCCGGGUCAUCCCUGCCGGAGCCACUGUGUUUGGGAUGGCUGUCCAGUGCCUGGAGAUCCGCCGCCAUCACAGGCUGUGUGUGUCUGAGGUGGGGGGCCUGGCCAUGGCUGCAGCCGGAGAGCUCCACAGCCCAGUAAGCUGCAGCUCAGAGGAUGACUCCACGGAGCCCUACACCACAGAGAGACUGAGCAGGCUGCCUGGAGGCUACACCCCCCUCACUGAACCCUUCAAUGCCCUGGACAUAGACUUCAACAACGUACAGGAGCUGGAGGGUCUGUGCUCCAGGGAGGUGAGCCGGGUGCGUCUACCCGUAACUGGGGAGGGUCUGCUAGACGCUCUGGCUGUGUGGUUCCAGCUCCACCUGGAUCAGGAGAGCAGCCUGUCCACCGGACCUAUGGAGGACACUUGCUGGGAGCAGGCCAUCUACCCUGUUCAAACACCACACAAUUUCCCCCUGAGGCCUGGUGACGAGCUCAUCGUGGAGAUCUCCUGCCGGGACGCCUACCUGAGACUCUGCAGCGUUGCCGUAGCGCGAGACGGACGAGAGUUCCGUCUAGACGACUGUCUGGAUCCAGACCAACCUAGAAACAACCCAGGCCAAAGUGGCAAUCCCAAGCCAAGCCUGAACGCCGAGGCAGAACUGUGCAGCGCCCUAGCCUGCCUCGGGACAGAGCAGAGCAGUGGACCUCGAGACUACACCAUGCUGGAGUGUGCUGAAAUGGCCCUCCUCAACAACCAGCCCUACCACGAUAGUUUCCGCAGGGCACUGGCUAAACUCAUCACCAACCUGAAGGACGCUCGUUCGGUCCAGGGUCCCAGCCAGGGUCAAGGGUUAGCGGUCAUGCCUCUCACUGACCCUCCCAGUGGCCCUAUGGACCCUGGUCCCGACCCCUUCUACGUGCUGGACGUGUCUGAGGGCUUCUCUGUCCUCUCCCUCAUGGCAGCCAGUCAGGGCCAGGUGAAGGCAUAUAGUUCGGUAGAGAAGACCCAGCACCAGGCGGUGCUCAGGAGGCUGGCCAAGGCCAACGGUGUCCCAGAGGAGGCUCUCGAGUUCUGGCUGAACCAGGUGGAGGAUGAGCAGGCGGUGCUCCAGAGACCCUCCAGGGAGAAGCUGUGGAGCGCCAUCAUAUUAGACUGUGUGGAGACCUGUGGCUUAGUCAGGCAGAAGCUGAUGGAGAAAGCCACCCUGGCCAG